GACCUAAAUUUGGGAUUGUGGAGUCGACAACCGGAGCCACAUCUAAGUUACAUUUACAGAUACAACUAUCAAUUUAAAACCUCUUCCCAAAUUUUAAUGGCUAUGGCCGGACGUAGGCGCUGAGCAAAGAAACGGCCAUGUGUACCGGCUCGAUUUCCGGUUCGGACUCGGAUUCGGGCUCAAAUGGCUGGGGCAAGGCCCGUGGUGUGGUGCUGAAGACACUGGUGUUAAUCGGCGGCGCAUUGCUGCUCAAGCGUCUCACCAAGUCCACCACUCGCUGGGACCAUACGCGCAUCGUUGCCGACUCCCUGGCCGGCGAGAAGUUUUCGAGAGAGCAGGCUUCGAGAGACCCGGAGAAUUAUUUCAAUUUAAGAUGGCUUUCCUGCCCGGCAGCAGAGAUGGUCGAUGGCUCCAGGGUUUUGUACUUUGAACAGGCAUUCUGGAGAUCUCCUCACAAACCUUUCCGACAGAGGUUUUUCAUGGUAGAGCCUUGCUCGAAGGAGAUGAAGUGUGAUGUGAAGCUGAGCACAUAUGCUAUACGGGAUUCAGAAGAAUACAGGAACUUUUGUGACAGGUCAAAGGAUCAAAGGCCACAGCCUGAAGAAGUUAUUGGGGACAUUGCAGAGCAUUUGACAACUGUAUAUCUGAAGCGCUGUGAUAGAGGGAAGCGCUGCUUAUAUGAAGGUUCAACUCCUGCAGAUGGAUUUCCUAAUAAUUGGAAUGGUGCUUCGACUUGCACCUCAGAUAUUACCAUUUUGAAAAACAAUGAAAUCCAUUCGUGGGACAGAGGGUAUGAUGAAGAAGGAAAUCAGGUCUGGGGUGUAAAGGGUGGCCCAUACGAGUUUAAACCUGCUCCGUCCUCAAGUUUUAGCGACCCGUACUCUUCUCUGAAUUUUCCUCCUCAGUUUCUGGAAAAACGAAGAAUAGAAGGUUCGUUUGUUCUUCAAGAAUGACUUAUAUCUUAUUAUAUGAUGUAUUAUAUCUGGCUUGUGAUACCGGCACCGCAUUAAUGUGUUAUGGCACGAUAAUAUUUGUACAGAAAUCGUCAUCUUAAAGUUUUGAUAGACUUAAUAAAGUAGAAUUAGAAAUUGGGA